AUGUAAUAUGGCGGCAAAGCAAGCGUAACGUUCGCUAGGACAGAAGGACCUGUUGAUAUUUUGUCUGAGGAGAGGAGAGUUAGAAAGGAUACCUGUUAUUCGAUCACACAAUUUAAAAAAAAGUGUUUUCAAGAUGGCUGAUGAACAGAAAGAAGAAAUUGUUAUGACCCCAUCCAAGAAGGGGAAAACAACACACAUUCGUAUUGAGAAGAGAAAGAAGCUAGACAUGGGUCUAGAUGAUAGUGUAGAACAUGUCGGAGGUGGCAAGAAUGCUGGACUUGUAGUCAACAAACAGCUUGAAGAUGAUGAAUUUGACCUUGCUCGUCCCCAGCUACAGAUUGGAUUUAAUUGCUUCCUUGUCGACCAGAAAACAGAGCAGAGGAUGGUGGAAUCGAGACGAUUAAAGUUUUGGUAUGUAGAGGGGACAGAAUACCUGGACCAGGUGACAACAGCAUAUGAAUUUUUCAAGGAAUUAGUAAAGCCAGAAAAUUUCCCUAGAGAUUAUGUUGGUUUUAUAAAGAAGUGUAUGAAACAGAUGCAGAAGCUUGAAUACAAACUGGCACAGAAGGUGGACCUUGAAAUCAAGCUUCUAGAUGAGGAAGAUGCACCGCUAAGUCCAGGGAUGAAUGCUGAGGAUUUUUUUGGACUGAACAAGGAAGAUAAAAGGCCAGUGGAAGAGAUUGUAAGAGAAAAGAUGCUCCAUAUCCUCGAGUCGGCUUACCCCAAUGUCCUGGAGGUGGAGGACCUUAUCAGAAUGACGGCGGCUGACGAGUCUAUAGUGAUGCUGCAGCUGUCAGAACUAAAGCAGCGAGACUUGGUACGCGAGGUAGAGAACGGCAAAGUAGUGCGACAUGUGUUGGAGGACAACAAGACAGAAGUCCAGAUGGUGAAGCAGAUGCCAACUAUAGCAGCGAACCAGCAACCAACAAUAGCCAUCAUCACUGCCAACUACGGCGAGAAGCUAGCUGUCGAUGCCAUGAUGGAGAACAAAACCACUUACGUUAAAUUUAAAUCCGAAGGAGAGUCAAAUGUAUACACCAUGGGUUACAUCGGAGAACAUCGUGUCGUUUCCACCAAACUUCCGGCUAUCGGACACGCCAGGGCUGCCCAGAUCUCUUCAGGAAACACAACUACCAGACUACUUGGAACAUUCCAGAACAUCGAGCAUGUCUUUGUGGUAGGCAUUGCUGGGGGUGUGCCUCAUUACACCGACUACUACAAACACGUGCGUCUGGGUGACAUCGUCAUCUCUUCAUGCGACGACAAGGGCUAUGUCUACUAUUACUGUGAGAAAGUCUUGCGCAACAGGGAAGGUGACAUUCAGUUCAAAAUGAAAACAUACUCACCGAGAGAGAUGGACCUACAACGUGUUAUAGAGAAACUCCAGGACCGAUCACGAAGGAAACCAGAAAAAACAUUCUGGGAAAAAUACAUCACUGAGGGUCUGGAAAUACUCAAGAACCAGGAAGCUGACUUCAACCGCCCUCCUCCAGAAAGUGACCGACUGUACAUGGGCAUUGGCGAUGAUAAUGUUAUUGAGGUCCAGCAUCCAGAGGCUCCUGACAGUGGCAUGAAUCUUCACCAGGGGACGCCCUCCAUUCAUUACAGUCCCAUAGGCUCUGGGCGUUUUGGCAGGUCAGAGCAGAUGAGAUUGGACUUUGCUAAUCGUCAUGGUGUCAUGUGUUUUGACACAGAGUUUGAUCAGGUGUUAGAAUCCAUUGUAGGUAAUAGAAAGGACAGCUUCCUGUUCAUCAGAGGCAUAGCUGACUACGGCGAUGGCACAAGGAACAAAGAGUGGGGACCGUACGCCUCUCUAGCUGCAGCUGCCAUGAUGAAGGCCAUCAUUAAAAUGAUCUCCAAUCCGUACCUUAGCGAGGAUGAAGACUAGACUCUCUGUUUAGAAUGAAUAUUUGUAACCAGGGAAAGAACAAUAAAGGGCAGGUGUGAGAUAAGAACUACUUGGCUGAUUUCCCAGCAGGGGAUGUUUAAGUGACCUUUCUCCAUGCUAAAAAAUGCUUUAUGUUGAACGAAAUAUUUAAACGUUACUAAUUAAAAUCAGGGGCAUUUGGAGAUAUUUCUAGUAUUUAUUGAAUGGCAGUCUUUUUAAAUGCAUGACAACAGCAUGGAAAUAAAAAACUGUGUUAUCAUACUAUAUGAAUCUGCUGAACAGAAUUCUGAUAUGCCAAUUUUUUAUUCUUUUACAAUUGCGAAAAUAUGUUAUUUGAUUUCAUGAAAACGAUUCAGAGUGAAGUUGAGAGAGCUUGUAAUUAUUUAAAACAACUCUUGGGUAAAAAUUCCAUUUAAAAGAUGAAAAAGAUUCCUCGGAAAUAUAACAUACUGUAUAUGAGUGUGGUAACAUAUACAAUGUAGCUGCAGUAUUUUAUGUACAGAUAUGUAAAAGUGCUACCAAACAAGAUCUGAAUCAUGUUGUCAGCUCAACAAGAUAUUUUUUUUUCUCUCAAAGUUGUGACGGAGCUAUUAAGGUCAAUUCCAGUAAAAUUUAUCCUACGGGAGGAAUCCAGAAAAAAAAGAAAUUCUAUGCAUGGUGAGUGCUGGAGAAAACACAGUCUAUUAUAUAAGUACUGUUUGAAUUAAUUUUACUAGUAUGAUAUUGGCGGUCCUGUUAGGUAGAUAUUUUACUGGAAUAGUCCUUAAACUAUUUUAUUUAAGAUAAAAAACUUGUUAGGAUUAUUACUAAUGAAUGUGUUCGAGACUGUUAUUGGCAUGCGCGACAUCAUCAAACCACUUGUUGGUACUCCCAAGUACUAAACUAACAUAUAACAAAAACUGUGCGUGAUACCGUUUCAUAACGAUGAUCAGAGUUGAAUGUCGGAUAGAACUUCUAAAUACUUGUAUCAUAUUUGAACAGAUCUGCAAAUGAGAUGCACAAAGGGGUGAUUUUUUUUUUAUAAUUUUUCAUUCACCCUGUAAAUGUAAAAUUUAGAAUGUGAUUCACUGUGUAAUUAAAUUAAGGACACUUUUCUUGUUGAACCUCAUCUUAAAUUUGUUAUGUUUGUGCAUGUUAUUGGUGCAGUGUACGAUAUAGAUAUAUAUAAUGAGGAUUGUUGGAGCUCACAAAUGAACAGGUUUUUGUUUGCUAAAUCGUUGAAAAUCGUAGUUAUAUUACAAGAUUGUGUUUAUAUUGUUUCUAUAAUGAUUAUUUGUUAAUUGUUUCCAUUUGUGUUGUCAAUGCAAAACACAGAAACUUGUCUUAAACAUUCUUUUCAAUAUACCUGUUAAUGUAAUAAAGGUUGUUUUUUUCUCAGAUCUUCUUUUUGAUAAGUUAGUAUUGUAGGUUUAAGAGGUGAUGAUAAAUGUGGAUUUUAAUGCGGUUAAUUUUUAGAUAAUUGUAUUAGGAUUUGGAUAACGUAAGUUGUUUUCAUAUCUAUAUUGUAGGGAUUGUGGGAACCUAAAAAUUAGUCUGGAAUAACUCUUUCUCCAAAACAAAAUACCAAUUUAUUUCUAACUAAUGCACUAGUUAUAUACUAUAUGUGGGUGAUUUGUUACCUGUCUCAGAUUUAUUUAACUUAUAAACAAUAAACUGCUUCAGUUUCUAUCAAUAAGAGUUUACAAAGUUUUACUGGCAUUUCAAUUAAGCAGAGUAACGAGGUACCAUUUUGUACUGGAGGUGGUUGUAUAACAUUGGUUGUUUUUAGUGAAUAUUUGAAAAUAAGAGGUUGUAGAAUGAAUUAAAUGUUUAUUUGCCUAUUUUUUAACAUUUUCAUUUCACAGAUAUACCGGUAAUUGUAAAUAUUUUAUAAUCAAAUCGUAGGCUAUGUAUUUUGCAAUUUAUUUUUACAAUACUGUUGCAUUUAUUUAGUACAGGUUGUUACGGUCAACAGUUAGUGACUACAGAAACACAGCAUAUUUAUUAUCUAUAUUUAAUGUAAUAUCUUGCCAUUUUGGCCUGAGUUUAGAUGUGAUUUUACAUAAAGUCACACAAGUCAUACCUAUGUGUUAAAAUGAAAAUUAAAACGUUAUUUGAUUUAAUGCUAUCAAACAUAUUGUAUUCUACAUGCUGAUGUUGAUCAGUUGCUGAAAAUAUGACUUCAUAGAUAAGAUAGUGGCCUAAACUUUGAUAUAUGCAAAUUUUAGAAUAUCAUAUUGAAACUUAGCAAAAAAGAUGAGGAUAAAAUAAGCUCCAUUAACUACAUAUUCAUUUCUGCAUGAAUUGAAAUAGUGAUAUCUAAAAAUUGCAUAGAAAACUUCACAUAGAAAUUACUGUUUGAAUAAUAGCUUUAAAAGUAAUUUAAAAAAAAAAGUUUGCUCAAAAUAUUUGUUGAUAGAGGACAUUACUAACCAUAUACAUAUGGUUCCUGACUUAUGGGAUGAUCAUUAAGUAUUAAUGGAAUUUCAGCUAUUUCAUAGUCUUCAAAUUGAUCAAGAAGACGAUUUAUCGUGUUUAGAAUUCACAAAUUUGUAAUCAGAAAAUAUAUUUGGAAGAGUUUUCUCUACAAAUGAAUUUUAAGCUAGUCAAAUUGAAACCAUUGAUUAAUGUUUUCAAAUUGUGAUCAGACUUUACAUUAUACAUGUAGUAUACAGUGUGGAAACCAGUUUGGUGAAAAUAAUACUAAUCAGCCUCUCAAGUUUAAAGUUUUCUUAGAAUAUGUGAUUUUGAAUGUUUCCCAUCCAUAACUGUGCAAUAUCUCACUUCAUUGCCAUUAUUUUACUGUUUACAAUCUGUCAACCAAAAUAAGUUAUUAAGGCAAAAGUUUAACCAUAUGUACACAUAAUCUUCAAGUCAACUUUAAUUCUAGAAAUUUGAUACAAAUUGUAUUUCUUGAUCAAAUGAUGCUUUUUUAGUGGCUUCUUAAAUUAUAUUCAUAUUGUAAAAAUGUGUAUUACUGUAAAUAACUUGGAUUUCACGAACUUACCUUUCCAAACUUAUUUCCUAAUACAUAUGAUUUCACAAAUGCUGAUUUAGAAAUGACGUUAAAUUUGCAAAGGAUAAGCUAUUAGAGUCAUUGACUCUGCAAGACUCCUAUAUCGGUAACUGAUAGCUUAGUCACCAUCCAAAAUUAUAAUUUUCGUACAAAUAAUCGCGAAGGAUUGGAUUCAGGUUUGACUCUCCUUGCAUAUUAACACCAAAAUAAAUCCUGCCCGAAAUAUAAGUGAUUUACAGUAUGAAGAUAGUUAUAAAUUGCAUUUCGUACAUUUUGAACUGUAUAUAACUGGAAUGCUGCUGAAUUUAUAUUAAAGAUUUAAAAUUUUCAAGUAAUCAUGGAGUGAAAAACUGAAUAAUCUAAUAUUUUACAUUGAUUGUUUUAAUGUAAUGAACAAACAAGACAGUUCUUUUGAGAAGGGAUGUCCCAGUUACAAGACCAUUCUAAAAUAUUGGUUUAUACAUGUCUCCAAAGCUCUACAUUUAACAGGGCCCUGUUGUUGAAGUGCUGUUUGUUUGGAUAUUAAAUUAUCUUGAAUUUUAUAGCGAAAAUCUCAUAAAAAAAUGUUUCGGGCAGUAAUUUAAAAAGUUUUCCAGUAAGAUAUUUAUCCCACAGAAUGACUGCAUCAAAGACGAAUUUUAAUUCUAACUGAUGUGUUCUGAAGGAAGUUUUAAUUCAUUUUUCCUGGCGGUCUAUGUAUGACAAACUUUCCUUUUUGCUGAGGUAAAUAUUUUUACUGAUUAACCCUUAAUGUAUAAUCAAAUUAACAACACUAAGAACAAUUGGGGCCAUAUCAUUGUCUGUUAUGUAGCUUCAUCUCCAAGCUUAAAUCAAAUACCGGUAGUAGUAUAGUAUAUUGUGUAGUAAGAAAUAGCUAUUGGUAGUUAGUAUUACGUGUUGUAUUAUAGCAUUCUUUCUUUGCAUUUAUCCAAGCAGUACUUGAGGACUUGGCCUCACAAUUAUACACACUCAUAUUGCAUAGUUUUAAACGCAAUCAAAUUCUUAUGAAUUAUGAAUUUAAAGAAAGAAAAUACAGGCUUUUGAUUCCAAAACUUCUUUUCAAUAGCUUUUCCUUUUCAGUUUUCAAAUCCGGGAUUCUUUCCAAUUCUUCUGAACGUUCAAACAAUAUAUCUUUCACGAAAAUAGGUACAAAAAAGUAAAAAUUUCAAAAAAAUGAUGAUUAAAUGUUUAUAUCAGAUUUAAAAGGACAAUGAUUGAUAUGUCCGCAAUAGAUCUUCAGAAAGAGUCGAGGUAUCUGAAAGAUAGUGUUUGUAUUGUUCUUGAAUCUCUGUAUUAGAGGUUCGUGUAAGUCGUGUGUGAUAUCCAGCUAAUCCUAUCUCUAUUUAAUGUUGUACUCCUAGCAUUCCACUUGUAUUGGCUGUGUUAUUUUCUCUAAUAUUGUCGGGCCGUACUUUUCUUGCUCAAUUGUCCACAUGCACCCUAAUCUGUUGGAUGCAGUUUCUUAUUUCCAUACAAACGCCCAGUCUCAAAACUGAUCAAAAGCUUUGGUUUAUAUAGUCAUGCAAGUUGAUGAAUAUCGGACUAAAUACAAAUAUGAUAUAUUGUGUUUGAUAUAAGUUAAAGUGGGGGGAAAUAUUGUAUCAAUAUUGUAUUUCAAGUAAAAUUUAUUUCUAUAUGGUGUACAGCACAUUAUGUACAUGAACAUUUAGUACAUUAGUAAAAUAUAUUUUAUAUUGCAUGUACAGGUAAAUCUAGUAAAAUGAAAUUUUAUCAGGAGUUCCUAGCAAGUAUGUAUUGAUUUAUCCUCUAGACUCCAUGGGUUUCGCUCAAAUAAACUUUAUAAAACCUAUCGAAAAUGUAACCCUUGUAUCCCGAAGAUGUAAUAUCUAAAAUAAUUUUGGAAUGUUGUUUGAUCCCACUUAUAAAAUUUCCUCUCUAUUCAGGUGUUAGAGCUGCAGUAGGCAGCCUGUUUAACAGUUUUUGUGACAGAUUAUCAGUUGAACCUGUUGUCUGAUAAUGUUGGAAUGAAUUGUGUACUGAAGUAUCGAUUAAAUAAUCGUUUGCAUUGACCUCAUUAAUCAAAACUGAUAUAUUUCUAUUUUUAGAGAGACACUAUGUGAAUUUAGAUAACAUUUAUACAAUGUUUGUGUGAAUUGAGUGACUAAGGUGUGUGUUGGCUAUAUAUAUAUAUACAAGAUAUAUUCUUAGUAAUAUUUAAUAGAUCAUGUUAAAGUUUUUUAAUAUGUUGGGUUUUCCUCGUAAUUUCAGAUUAAGCUGUUGUUACCUAUUUGUGCUGUUAGGACACUGCUUUUGACCAGUCUGCUGUAGAGAGUUGUUGCUGUAUUGUUAACACAUUAACUUAAUUUGUAUUGUUAUGUCCCUAUAAAAUGUCUUUAUAGUCACAAACGAGUAGUAAGAAACGCCACACAAGCAUAUUCCAGGUCAUAAAUAAAUUGAUGCAGCCACCGUAUUAACUGAAACAAAUCACGCUCAAGUACACUUGAUCAUUGACCUGUAAGCAUAAGUAUUAAUUAACUGUCUAGUUUAUUACGUCCGUAAGACUUUUUCUGGCCCUGCAAUAUUGCGACCGACAUCGACCAAUAUCGAUAAAAUUACCACAGCUCGGCCAAUACAUACCAUAGUGGUCGACUAGUUCCCAAUUUUUGACGAGUUUCGAAGUCUUCGGCCUCGGGGCCAAUAUUACAGACCUCAUCCUAAUCACUAGGCCUAUAUAAUAUAACCUGAAUUAUAACACAAUAGUGUUGCAUAAGUCCCACAUUUCCUUCUGUGUCAUUCAAUUGCUCUUCCAAAUCUGUUCGUGAUUUUGACCACGUAUCAAAACAAAUAUUACGCAAGAGUAAUAUUGAUAUAUGGACAACACAUGUAAUGUUCCUCGGAAUUGAAUCCAGUCGAGAAUUUAUUUCUGUCCUGCAAAAUAUUUCCAAUAGACACACCAAUAACACUGAUUUUAUGUCACCAUUUCAUUAGCGUAUUGUCGGUGUCACUUGAAUUUCAACUGUGCCAUUUUAUUUAUUCUCGCGUACCAACCUUAAAGACUUUCUACAGAAUUCUGUAACUGAUCAGACACCUUAUUGCGUACAUAUAUAAUGCACAAAAGGUAUAUGAUUGCUGUUCUCGGAUUUUUUUGCACGGAGUGUUUUCCUUCCACCUUAUUUGCCAUGGUCGAGCCCUUACCUCUGAUAAAAGAUUAAUGAUAGUAUCCUUGAGCCCUAUUCUGAGAUUUUUUUAAUUAAACUGAACCGGGCGAGUCUAUCCGAUGUGUAGUGUACUUGUAUUUUCGUUGUUUAAAUCAACAUCGUCAUUACACAUAUUAAGAAAUCAUGAUACGUGUACAUUUGUAAGGCAUUGGUCACAACACCAUUUUUAAACAUUUACCCAACACCUAAGCGUAUAAGAGGCUUCAUAGCCUGUUGCUGUUUUACUACAGCUGUCUGGUCGUGAAGACAGUAAGUGGCUGUUAAAUUAUCUUUGAACAUGUGAAGAUUACUAUUGCUGAACUAAAAGUAUUAAACUGUUAUUUCAUAUUUGUGGAGGAUGUUAUCGAUCGAUCGUUUGACUCUAAUUCUACUCAAGCUUUUAAUGCAAUAAAUUGUAGCUUAUUA